CCUCCCCGCACGGCGCCGGGCGGAGCCAGCGCGCACCGGGGGCGCACCGGGGGCGCACCGGAUCCGGUGCCUUGGACCGCUUAUAGGGCCGGUUUUAGGGCCGGGCACAGCCAUGCUGAGCCGUUUGGGAGCUCUCCUGCAGCAGGCGGUGGAAACGCGGGAGCCCAGCGUGGACCUGCUGGAGGCGUUCACCGAGCACUGGAAGGGCAUCACCGGCUACUACCUGGAGGCUACGGACGAGAGCACCCCCGCCAAGCAGACCGACAUUCCCUGGCGCCUCAAGCAGAUGCUGGACAUCCUGGUGUACGAGGAGAAGCAGCACCCGGCGGGGGAGGCCGGGCCGUGCCUCGAGUACCUGCUGCAGCACAAGGUCCUGGAGACCCUCAGCACGCUGGGCAAGGCGGAGUACCCCCCCGGGAUGAGGCAGCAGGUCCUCCUCUUCUUCAGCCGGGUGCUGGGCCAGGUGCAGCACCCCCUCCUGCACUACCUCAACGUGCACAGGCCGGUGCAGAAGCUGCUGCAGCUCAGCGGGCACCCCCUGGGCUCGGGCACGGAGAAGGAGGAGGCGCAAUUCACCGCCGUGCUCUGUGCCAAGAUCCAGCAGGAUCCCACCCUGCUGGCUUACAUCCUAGAGGGUAAGAGCAUCCUGAACGGGAGGAAGGCUCAAGAGCAGCCCGGCACCCCCCCCGGAGAGGGUGCGGAGCAUCCCCCGGCACGGAGGGACGGCAACCUCGUCACCUCCUUAGUGGGGCUGUGCAAAAGCCAGGCGAGCAGGGUGGCGCUGAAGGCUCGGGAAAACUUGCUCCUGCUGACGGAGCUGCCCCAGGAGGCGGCCGCAGCCUGCCUGGUGCGCAGCGGCGCCCUGUGCCAGCUGCUGAGCGAGCACCUCUGCCACCUCCACGGCGCCGUGCCCCCCUGCGCCCACCCCGACGACGUCCUGGCCAUGGGCAGGGCCAGCUGGAGGUCGCCGGGAGAUGCCGGAGGCGCCGGGGACUUCGCGGGGAAGGAGAGCCUGGUGGCUUUUUUCUGCUGGUUGGAUUUUUUGGAUGAGCUCGUGGCGGGCGCCCACCCGCUGGUGGCGGGUGCCCUCGGAGAGGCCGUGGAGGAGAAGUUUUUCCGAGGCGUCCUGCAGCCGCAGCUGCUGCAGAUCUCUCCGUGCCGUCCCUCCAGGUCAGAGCUCGCCAUCCUCAGCGCCACGGCCGUGCUGUCGGGCACGGUGCGGCAGCUCCGCGCCCCCCCCCUGCUGCAGCGCCUCGUUUUCUUCCUGCUGGGACCCGGGGGGCACCCCGAAACCCCAGGGGACCCCCCCCAUCCUCUGCGCGCACACCUCAUCGACCGCUGCGACCACCUCUCCGACGAGAUCAGCCUGGCCAGCCUGCGGCUCUUCGAGGAGCUCCUGCGGGUGCCCCACGAGGAGGUGGUGCUGAGCCUGGUGCUGAGGAACCUGCAGGCGAGGGGCUACCUCCAGCGCGGCCCCCCCGUGCCCGACGAGCGCGGAGCCCCCGAGCCGGACCCCGAUGAGGAGGAGGAGGAGGAGGAAGAUCCCUACUUCACCGACGGCUUCCCCGAAAACGGCUUCGGGAUGGGAAAAAAGCCCCCAGGGGGCUCAUCCCCGCUGGGGAAGGGGCAUGUGAGCGAGGUGGUCAGCAGCUUCCUCUGCCUGGUCCCCGAGGAAGCCAAAACCUCCUCGUGCCUGGAGGAAGGCGGCUACGACACCUACGUGCACGACGCUUUGGGCAUGGUCCAGGCGAGCCGCAGCAGGGCGGCCUCGUGGGGGUGGCCCCCGGCCCCCCGGCCCCUCGACGGUUGCCCCCCCGAGGGGCAGUUUUACGAGGGGCGCUUCCUCAAGGUGCUGUUUGACCGCCUGGCGCGGAUCCUGGACCAGCCCUACAGCCUGAACCUGCAGGUGACCUCAGUGCUGUCCCUCCUGGCCGCUUUCCCCCAUCCCCACCUCCACGAGUACCUCCUGGACCCCUACCUCAGCCUGGCGCCCGGCUGCCGCUCGCUCUUCUCCGUCCUCGUCAGGGUGAUCGGGGAGCUGAUGCAGAGGAUCCAACGCGUGCCCCACUUCAGGGCCAAGCUGCUCCUGGUGCGCCAGCAGCUGCUGGGGCUGGUCCCCGGCGAGCAGAUGGAGCACGCGACGCUCUUCAAGGGGGUGGUGGUGCUGGAGGAGUUCUGCAAGGAGCUGGCUGCCAUCGCCUUGGUCAAGGGCCCCCCCGAGGGCCCCCCCUGAGCCUGCUGCACCCCAAAACCCCACCGGGAGCCCCCUUCCCUCGGCCGGGCUGCGAGGGGAGCUGCUGGGGGCAGAUGGAGAGCGCUCCCCGACCCCGCUCCGAGUGGCACGACCCCAAAACGGGCACAGGGACAGCACCCCGGCCCCCGGCCCUAUGGGGUGGGGAGAGGAUUUGGGGGGGCCCGUGGAAGUGUGGGGUGCUGAGCCCCGGGCAGGAUGCGGCCCCUCAGGGCACAGGCAUGCACCCCGCUGCUCGUCCUCAUCCUCAUCGGGUUCCUGCUCCCCGUGGCAGGAGCUGUCCCAGAGCCCCCCCAGUCCUCGAGGGGGGGGAUUUUUGGCAAGAAUUGGAUGCGCCAGCACGGGACCCCGAGGUGGGGCCGGCUAACGAGGCAGGUGCUGGCCCCAGGGCUAAUUACAGCCCCUCGUUUGUAUGGGGCAGGGGGCGCGUGGGGGCGCCGGGUCAGGUGCGCACCAAGCUGGCACGACGGGACGCAAUAAAGCCCUGAGCUGGGA